CUAUCACCAAUUCUCCCUCCUAUUCUGUGCAUUCCCUUUUGCUCCCACUCUCCUUGAUUGCGCGCCGGUUUUCUGUUUUCAUUUCCCACGCCAGUAUAUACACUUGGUGUCUCUCCCUUCGGUUCUCUCUGCGUCCCGACCGCCAUCUUACAUUUCAGUCCGACCCUUCCGACGCCACCUCUUCACGGCUACAAUAGCCUUUCCACCAUCCGAGUCUCGAAGUGCAUAUACCUACGUCUAGCCUCCCAGGAAGCGUACAUUGUGCAGCAUAUAGAUUACUCGACCACCACCUUCUGCAUACCAGAUCUACCUGCCCGCAGCCACCCACGUAGCCUUGCGUGCAGCAACCGGAACUCGCGACCGAAAUCCCCUCUCACGGAACCUCGAGCCCAACGUGAAUCUGGUCUCCCAGAAGCACGGUCUCGAACAUUUCUCUCCCAUCAUGCCUGCCCGAACCCUCCCGACCAUUCCCCUCGCCGAUAUCGAGGCGCAUAACACCGACAAGUCCUGUUAUGUUACGAUCGGUACUAAGGUGUACGAUGUCACUUCUUUCCUGUCCGAUCAUCCAGGUGGCGCGGAUCUAGUCCUCGAGUACGGUGGAAAAGAUGUCAAGGCCAUCAUGGAGGAUGAGGUGUCCCACACGCACUCCGAGGCUGCGUACGAGAUUCUUGACGAGAGUUUGAUUGGCUUCGUAGCAACGGAGGCUGUCGUGAAUGGUGCCACGAAGAGCGGGAAACCUGCGGAGAUUGUGCCCCUCCCGCCUUCUGCGGAAGGUGUAGAGGAGCUCAAGAACAUCAAGCAGAAUGGCAAGCCCGUGUACGAAGCCACGGGCAUGUCUUCGGAGGAAGAUCUCAGCCGUGAGACCGACUUGGAUGCAGACUACAAGACGCACAAGUUCCUUGACUUGAACAAGCCGCUCAUCAUGCAGGUUUGGAAUGGAGGAUUCUCCAAGAAGUUCUACCUAGAGCAGGUCCAUCGACCCAGGCACUACCGCGGUGGUGACUCUGCCCCCCUAUUUGGAAAUUUCUUGGAGCCGCUGACCAAGACGCCUUGGUGGGUUGUGCCUACCAUCUGGGUGCCUCCCGUCGCCUAUGGUACUUAUCUAGGUGUCACUGGGUUGGGAGGAGGUGUCACGGCUGCAUACUGGGCCCUUGGGUUGGGCAUUUGGACACUUGUGGAGUACAUUCUUCAUAGGUGCUUGUUCCAUCUUGACGAGCAUCUUCCUGAUAACAGAGUCGGACUUACUCUUCACUUCCUCCUCCACGGCAUUCAUCAUUAUCUUCCUAUGGACAAGUACAGAUUGGUCAUGCCUCCAACCCUGUUUGUUGCUCUUGCUGCACCAUUCUGGAAGUUGGCUCACUGUGUCUUCUUCUACAACUGGUAUGCCGCCGUUUCGGUCUACAGUGGUGGCAUUUUCGGCUACAUCUGCUACGACUUGACCCACUACUUCUUGCACCACCGCAACCUCCCUCCCUGGUACCGCGAGCUGAAGAAGUACCAUCUCAAGCAUCACUUUGCGGAUUACCAGAAUGGUUUCGGCGUUACCAGCCGCUUCUGGGAUUGGGUCUUCAACACUGAGCUGGAGAUGACUCAGCCCAAGGUGAUCAAGUCAACAUAGUCGACUGCCACUUUGAAUGUUCAUAUGUAUACCUUAAUAAGCAUUGCGGGCGUUCUUAUGGAGUAGAUGACGACGGUGUAGAGAU